AAUAACGAGAUUAGUUAGGGUUAUGUUAAAGAAUUGCAUCAUACACGUGGAAAAGUCUAGAAAGAAAAGCGCCACGAAACCAGUAUAAUUAAACUUUAACCUUUUAAUAAAAGAACCUUUAAAUUAUAAUUAUCGUCCAAUCUAGAUAAGAUGAUAGAUUAUGACAUAUUAUAAUUAACUGCUUUUCGAGGAACUCAAAAGUCAGCUGAUUUCUUUUUUUUAUAAAUCUGUUUUAAGCAUUUAUUAGAUCGUUAUUCAGCAUCCGGGUCCCUAUUAUCGCCUCCUAGUCCCCACGUGUUCCCCUCUCUACAACCGUUUGCUUCUAUAGGAGUGUAUCGCCCGCCAAGAUUAAAAUGUUGCACCUUCCAUCGGUUUUUCGUACCAGCGCUCUACGUCGCUUGACUCCAGCCCUGAGAAGAUAUUAUGCUAAAGAUAUAAAAUUUGGUCCUGAUGUUCGUGCUAUAAUGCUGCAAGGGGUUGAUGUCUUAGCUGAUGCUGUUGCUGUAACUAUGGGGCCUAAGGGAAGAAAUGUUGUCAUUGAACAAUCUUGGGGAUCUCCAAAAAUCACAAAGGAUGGAGUAACUGUAGCAAAAGCUAUUGAAUUAAAAGAAAAAUUUCAAAAUAUUGGAGCUAAACUUGUACAGGAUGUAGCUAAUAAUACAAAUGAAGAAGCAGGUGAUGGAACCACAGCAGCCACUGUGUUGGCCAGAGCCAUAGCACGAGAAGGAUUUGAAAAAAUUAGCAAAGGUGCUAAUCCAAUUGAAAUUCGUAAAG